AUGGCUCAAGCCCAGAAACAGCCAACUGCUCGUCAACUCGCAAAAAUCGAUGAUUUCUAUAUCCCAGCAGACGAGGAGGAUUGGAAUGACCUUGUCAGCCACAAAGCCGGCUUGAGAAAUGAAACUAUCCAUACCAUCCCAGCCGACUGGAUUGCGUCCGCCUCGGAGGCCACCGAGGUCCAAUCUGCGAUGAUCCGCUCGUACUCGCGCCCAAUAUACCCUGUCGCGUCUUUCAAUGACAAAUACCACCAAUUUGGGUUCACCACUGAAGCUUUAGACACAGCUGCGGGUAUCCUCGCUGCCUCGGCUGAAUGGUCCCGAUACAUGCAUCUCCUCGAUACAAAUGAUUCAAUCGACGAUAUCGGGGAGACUAGUACUAUGUGGCCAGGGUCUUUCUCUACCGCAAGAAGAUUACAAGAGCAAACGAUAACUGUCCACGGUAUUCGUGACGAUAUGCAAAUGGGCCAACUUCCUGAUGCCGAGGACGAGGCAAUACCGAAUGCCGCCGCCAUCAUCCUUCUUCAAAGUAUCUCUCAACUUGUCCACUCAAAGCUAGAGUGGGUGAUUAACCGCGUGCACUUCGGGAGUCAAUUCCACCAGACCAAGUCUACCGCGUAUACGGAUGGCGCAUUACGGUCAAAGAAUACGAUUGGUAUCUUCGCCAUCGUAGAAGUAAAGAGGAGAAUGCGCCAAGUAAACACCGACGCUAUCCUUACGCAAGAGGCAUGUGAAGUCGCGGGGUGGUCGAUGAGCUGCCACGGGCAGAUGGCCCACUUCAACGAGCACUUCCUAUUGAUUUCACAAGACCGACAUGAGCUUUUCAUCACGUUCGUGCCCUUCGAUAAAGGAUACGAAGAGUGUUUGAGCAAUGGACAAAACACUGACGCAUUCCUCGUCAUGAGAACAUUCGGUCCCUUCGACACAGGGUCAGUCAAUGAUAUGCAUGAGUUCGGUAGGGUUGUUCUCGCAGCCAUCCUCAUUGUCAUGCCAGUAGCCUGA